AAACGCAGAAUAUCCAGGGAUAUAAAUCCAUGUGUAAUAUUUGUUUUUGUUUUGGAUCUCGAUUUUCUUUAUCUUAUAAAUUUAUUCAUUUGAAAUGAUUACAACUAAAAUUCUUAGAAUAAAUCGUUUCAUAUUGAAUAGGCCAUUGAUUCAUUGGUAUUCAUCAUUGACAAAAAUCGGAACCAAACGGCCACCAAUUAAACAUAUCAUCAAAAAAAAUGGAUUGACAUUAAUGUGUGGUGGUAUUACAACCACUGGAUUUCUUUAUUUAGCCAUUGAUAGCUUUCGAUGGAAAGCAAUUUGUCAAAGUUUUGAGCAGGAUAGCAUUAAUCGAAUCUUUGAUGAAUCAGAAAAUCAUUCCAAAAAUCGAGACCAUAAUCAACGAAUAUCGAUUUGGUCAAAAUUAUAUGAAUUCCUCAAACCAGAUAUUUUUUGGUUUCUUUUUUCGAUUCCGUGCGCUUUGAUGUCGGCGUAUUAUAAUAUUCAAAUUAAUCUUGAAUUGGGAAACCUGAUGAACGUCAUUCAAGAAACAUUAAAAUCGGGAACACUUACAAAAUCUUCGGAAGAUUUUAUUAAAGAAUUUAUUGAAUUGGUCAAAGAACCGGCAAAGAAUUUGUUAUUAGAUUAUCUAUCACAAUCAAUUUUUUCUUGUCUUUAUCUUUAUUCAUUGUUUGUUAUGGCCGAACGAACUGCUAAUCGAAUAAGAUUCGAUUUAUUUUCCAAAUUUUUAAGCUUCGAGAUUAAAUUUUAUGAUCUCAAUAAUAGUGGCAAUGUUCUUAGUGCUAUAUCGAACGAUGUGCUUGAAUUUAAAAGUUCAUUCAAACAAAUGAUUUCGUUGAGUAUCAAGAAUAUGGCUCAAGUUUUAGGUUGUGUUUAUACAUUGUUUAAAAUAUCUCCUGAAAUGACCAUUUUGAUUAAUGUCGUUGUUUUGCCUACAAUGGUUGUCGUUGGUACACAAAUUGGAUCACGAUUACGAAAACUUUCACAUCGAUUGCAUAAUCAGAUUGCAAAUAUUACGAAUGUAGCAUUUGAAUCAAUGAACAAUAUUCGAACGGUUAAAAUGUUGAGCAUUGAACAAAUUCUUGAAAAUAAAUUUCUCGAUGAACUACUCAAAUUUGAUCAUUUGAAUCAAAAAUUUUCUUUAGGUUUUUCAAUAUUUCAAGGCUUAACAAAUUUAUCAAUAAAUGGUAUUGUUAUGGUUACAUUACUUUUUGGUGGCUAUAAUCUUCUUGACGGCAAAAUGACCGCUGGUAAUCUGAUGGCCUUUUUGGCCACUACACAAACUGUUCAACGUUCUCUAUUUCAAUUGUCCAUGCUAUAUGGACAUUAUAUAAAAACAACAUCAGCAUUACAGAAAAUAUGCUUCUAUCUGGCCAUUCCUUCUCCUGAUAUUGGUGGACAAAUAUUGCCAAAUGUUACGGGUGAUAUCCAAUUCACAAAUGUUACAUUCAAAUACCCGAAACGACCAGAAUAUAUUGUUUUAAAGAAAUUAAAUCUUAAACUAGAUGCUGGAAAAAUUACUGCAUUAUGUGGUUCAUCGGGUAGUGGAAAAUCUACCAUAGCUAUGCUGGUCGAAUCGCUAUAUGAUAUUGAAUCCGGAUCAAUCACGUUAGAUGGGAUUAACAUGAAAGAUUUGGAUAAAAAAUGGUUGCGAAAAGAUCUGAUUGGAUACAUUUCUCAGGAACCAGUGCUGUUCUGUACAUCAAUCAAAGAGAAUAUUUUGUUUGGUAAUCCAAAUGCUACUGAUGAUGAGGUGAUUGCUGCGGCUAAAAUUGCUAAUGCACAUGAUUUCAUAAUGGAAUUUCCAAAUGAAUAUGAUACGAUUGUAGGUCAACAAGGUACAGCAUUAUCGGGAGGUCAAAGACAACGUAUUGCCAUUGCAAGAGCGAUAAUUAAAAAUCCAAAAAUAUUGAUACUAGAUGAAGCUACAAGUGCGUUGGAUUCGGAAUCCGAAUUAUUAGUUAAAGAAGCAUUGGAUAAUGUAAUGAAAGAUCGUACUGUAUUGGUCAUUGCACAUCGUUUAAGCACGAUUGAACAUUGUGAUCAUAUUGUUGUACUAGAAUCCGGACGAAUCGUCGAACAAGGGACACAUGAACAACUUUUACAGAAUCGUGCCAAAUAUUUUCAAUUAAUUAAUCGAGCUAAAAAGAAAAACAUUGAUAAACGAAUACGAAUAAUUAUUGACGAUUUUUUGAUUGAUGAUUUAUUAGAUGAAUGAUUCCUAUUUGAUUAUACAAAUUUUGCAAUGCAUUAUUUUUUUCUAUACAAUAGUUGAGCAAUAUCUACAAAUCGGAUUUGUAACAAAAAGUUUAUUCCGUU